AUAGAACGUAGAAGUGUCAAAGUCAAACUCAAUAUUAUUUUUGUGACUCUAGUCUUGAGAUACCGGUUUAAAUACGGGAUUAAUAGAUUUCGAUAUUAUUGUUUUGUUUUAUUGCCAAAUUAUUGUAACUGACAACUGUUACAAGUAAAUGUGUAAAUUACUUUAAAUUUACAAUAAUGGAAGAAGUGGAUUCGAUUAUUAUACACUUUCUACGUCAGUUAAAUGUUAAUAUCAAUGAGGAUGUAAAAAAUUUAUGUGAUAUACCAGUGGAAACUAUAAUUGAAGCUGCAGCGCAGUGCAUAUCAAACAUAAAUCCAAACCUUAAAGUGCCAAUAAAAUUACCAACUGGUGUUUCACAGAGAAUAGGAGUGGCUACACAAAUUGCUACUUCUUGCAAGGAAUUGGGCUACAAAAAUGAUGUUGGCUAUCAAACAUUCCUAUACUACAAUGAGACUGAACUCCGGCAAGUAUUUAUGUUCUUAAUUGAAAAGUUACCCAGUGAAGAUAAAAAACCUAAUGUGAAAGUUGUCCCUUCCAAUAAGAAACAAGAACUCUUGCAACAAAUUAGUUUAAAAAUAGCUGAAGAUCUUAACACUAUAUGGAUUCCGCCUUGCUGUAAAAACCCCAUAAAAAUGUCAUUUGGUGACUACAUUUAUCGAAAAGAAAAAGUAAUGGGUGAAAAGCUAGAUGAUAACAUUCUUAUUGAAAAAUUAAAACGCUUGCAAAACAUAAAAAUUGAGAACACACCUAUAAUCGACCAAACAAAUCGGGAUACAAAUUUGAAUAAUGAAAUUCAAACAAAGAAAAUGAUUAAAGAAAGCCUCAAAGAAUUGAAGGAGACAACAAUACAAUUGAAACAAAAGUUGGAUAUGCUUACCAGUGAAAGGAAUGUAAUGGAGGUUGAAUUUUCUCAGGCUCAGAAAAGCUGUGAACGUGUAGAUUCAGACUUGCGGAACAUAGAGAAUGUGCUAAAGAGUGUUGGUAUUACUGACAUUGACUCGGAAAAUUCGGUUGAUAAUCUUUUGGAAGUUGUUCAUAAAAAUUUAAAUAGGAUGCAUUGUAAGGUGGAGGACUUAACAUCCAAAAAUCUCUCGUUGAAAGUUGAUAUAGAGAAGUUAAAAACUGAAAAGGACUUUUCAGAACUGUCGGAGAGAAAUAAUUGUAAAAAAAAUCUUAUAGAUUUAAAAGAAAAAGCUAAAGGUGUUAAAGAUGAAUGUGAGAAAAAGGAAGAGUUAAGAAUCCAAUUAAAGGCAAAAUAUGAAAAAAUGAAAGGAGGAAAUAAAAGACAUAUAUACACCAAAAGAAUAUUAGAAAUAAUUGGUAAUGUCGACAAACAAAAUAUGGAAAUAAAAAAGGUAUUAGAAGAUACAAGACACUUACAAAAGGAAAUAAACAGUCUUGAGGGCCAACUGGGAAGGUGUUUCUCCAUUGCAGAUGAAACUCUUUUUAAGGAUGCUAAAAAGGAUGAUCAAGCAAAGAAAGCCUACAAACUACUAGCAUUAUUGCAUUCCGAGUGCAAUACGAUUGUAUCACUUGUUAAUGAAACUGGAACUCUUGCAAGGGACAUUGUGGAUUUAGAAGAUAAUAUAAAAACGGAAAAAUCAAAGCAAACUGAAAAUAUACUUCAAAAAAUUCAAUUAGAUUUAGCUAAUUUACAAAAAGAAUCUAAUUAAUAAUAUAUUUAUCAUUUAAUACAAUACAACAACUGCUUGCAAUAUAGGAUAAAACUAUAAAAACAAAUUAAUUGCUUACAUAUAUUAAAGAGAGUGUCGUAAAGUCAUCAACAGUUUCUGAAUGAAUCGGUUGGUUUACAUACCCUAUUUAUGUGGUGUGCCCAUAAGAGUAAGCCCCACCUUAAAGUAUCUAGGCUUGUCCUUGAUUCUCUAUAGACAUUUAAGGAUAAAUAAAUAUAAAAAACAAUGUUUUCUAA